AGACAUUUUUCAUCUUCAGUUUUUUGCUCAAAAUGACCCUUAAGUUUUAAGGAUCAUACUUAAUUUUAGGAACCGCACUGGAGAAAAAAGUGUACAUUUUUUAAGAUUUAAGGAAGAUCAGAGAGCAAACCAGAAUCCACUCUAAACUGGGAGCUAUGGAGGACAGGAUGAGGAAAACACCUGCAGGUCAUCUGGAGAAAGCAAAGGAUAUUUCAGCUCCACGUUUAUCCGAUUUUGGAGAGGACAAUAAGAGGCUUGAACGGGAAGGCCGAGCCCAGCUGGAACACAACGACAGUCUCUUUGUUUCACACGAAGGAGAAGCUCACAGCUUUGAGAUCAAUGAAAGGAUUUCACUACAUAAUCUCCAUCAACUGAAAUUAGCAUUUGAGGAAUGUGAUGUGAGGGGGAGAGGAUACGCUGAUGUGGAGAAUUUUGUACGCAUAAUGAAAAAGCAUUUGGACAAACCAAUCGUGAACAAUGAGCAGAUUCAUAGUUUGUUUAAAAAAGUUGAUUACUCAGAUCAAGGAAGGAUUUCAUGGAUGGAGUUCUCCACCUAUCUGCUGGAGCAGUAUAAGGCAAAGGAGGAAACUUUGAGACGCAGCAAGCAGGUGACCUUUAAUUUGCCAGCCACCAUGAGCGAUGGUGUUAACAGCGUUCCUAUAGUCAACAUCCACUCCACCCACGAAGGGACCGUGUUAACAGUGAGAGAGGACGGGUUCGUCUGUCAGUGGAGUCCCGAACUGAAACCUCAGAGGAUGAAGCACAUGUUUAACGAGGGACUUCUCAAUACAAUGUCAAAGUGGGUAACUGAUUUCGCUCUAAUGUCAGAGUACAGCAAGCUGAUGACUGGAACAGGGGAUGGUGAGAUUCAGUUUUAUGAACUUUCCACAUUAGAACCUUAUUGUCAAAUCAGUGGCUUGGAAACAAUACCUUUGACUUUAGACUAUGGUCAAGCUGGGACAGAUAAAUGCUGUUUUGUAUAUGGAGACAUGGAGGUUUCACCAAUCACCCACACAAAGCUGAACUUUUCUUUUUGCAGAUUAUGGAACAGAUUACCAAAGGCUGGAAAUGUGCCUAAUAUUUCGAUCAAAAAUGCCAUCCACUCUCAUAACAUAACAUUUGUCAGAUGGAAGGUUCAUAAUGACUGGGUGACCCAGGUCAAAUAUUUUCACAGCUUUCAAGCUGUUGCCUCGUCUUCAAAAGAAGAAUCUGCUUCUCUAGUUUUAGGCUGUGUGCUACCUUUAAAAGAUUCUGCACAGCAGCUCAGGGAGAUCAGAGAGGUGUGCUACGAGGGUAAAAACAGGAAGCGCCAACUAAGCUGGACUCCACAGAUCCGCAAGUCCGGGGAUCAGACCGUCUUCUCUGUCUACAAAGGUGUAAAGGCUUUUGACCUUUGUCAGAAGGACGGUUUGCUGGUGACUGGAGGCAUGGACAGAUUAAUUCGUCUGUGGAACACACGUUUUUCAGAGAAACCUGAUGGUAUUUUAAAAGGCCACUCUGCUCCCAUCUUCUCCCUCUGCAUCUCAUCAGAGGACAGUCAGAUCUUUUCUGUCUCCACAGAUAACACAGUGAAGAUUUGGCACAUUCAAGAUCAGUGUUGCCUGUUCACAGCCGACCCCACAGCCAGCGGGAUUCAUGGUGAUGUAACUGCCUGCUCCUUUUCCCCAGCCAUGAGAGCUCUGUACGUCGCAGCAGACUGCAUAGCUGUGCUCCCUUUGAUGUCGAGGCCAAAGCAUCACGGUCGCAUUGCUGUUUCUCAUGAUGAGGCUGUUAUGUGCUGUAGCUACAGCGAGGAGUUACGGCAGGUCGUGAGCUGCAGCAAGGGGUCUGUGGUGAAAGUCUGGGAUUUAGAAUCUGGUCGACAAGUUUUUGAGUUUACUGCAACACCAGAUCUGACUGACAUCACCUGCAUGACACUUGACUUUAAAGGAAGGAGGCUGGUCACAGGAGGAAGUAAUGGAUGCUUAAAGUUAUGGAACUUCAACAGUGGUCAGUGUCUUAAGACAUUAAAGAAAGGAGGUAAAUGCCAUGAGGUGUGUGACUGCAGCUUUCUCAGAGUUAAUGAAAAUUUCUAUGUGGUUGCUGUUGGAAGAAACCAGAGGAUUGACAUUUAUUUAGAUGUUCCUGAGGAGCUUCACGGUAUCCAGAGACCAGAGCCUUCAUGGAAAGAUGAUUUGAAAAAUGGCCAUAAGGAGGACAUCCUUUGCGUAGUGCAGUGUCCUCCCUCUUUUUUGGUCACUGGCAGCAAGAACGGAGAAAUCAUAGUGUGGAACACAGCUUCUGGAUCUAUACAAUGUCGGUUUCUUGGACCUCCUGGAGCUAAAGAUCUAAACACUGAAGGACUGGACACAAGUGUCCCAAGCAUGUUUGUUAUCAAGAAUCUAAAGCUGCUGCAGCUUUCUCCAUUUACUGCUCUUCUGUCACCUGGAGUCAGAGGUUGGGUAAAUCUCUGGGAUGUGUUUGAACAAAAGCUUGUGAGCAGCUUUGAAGUUUCCAAAUUUCAGCAAAAGAUAACAAAACUGGCCACCACUGAUGAAAAGACACUACUAUAUGCUGCUGACAGGAUUGGUUACAUCUAUAUUCACAACAUGGAGGCUUUUGACGCAGAGCAGAAUUCACCCACAGCUGAACAUUUUUGGCGUGCUCAUACUGGCACAAUUACCAGCUUGCAGAUUGUUACCAGUGAUCGAAUGGUGCUUACCUCAUCCACUGACCAAACUGUAAGGCUGUGGAGCUCACAAGGAGAGUUCAUUGGGACAUUUGGUCAGCCUGAAAUGUGGAGUGUCCAGAUUCCCUCAUCCUGGAUUCAUCCUGGUGUCCCCGAUGAGGUUCUGAUUGAUCCUCUCACUAUGCCAAAUCAUGAUAUUCUGAAGAGAGAAUCACAUCUCUCUGAAGCAAUCAAUUCUGACGUGACUGAGACUGAUAAAGGGGAACUAAAGACUCUAUGAUGAAAUUGAAUGGAAUACUGACAUAUCAUCAAACAACUUUUCCCCAAAUGGCUUCAGGACAUUGGAGCAACUGAAUGCCUGUGCACCACCUUAACUCUCUCUGAGUAUUGAUCCUUUCAUCAGCCACACAGGGGAACUGAAAUUAACCGAUAGAUGAAACUGUAUUGAUCAGCACUAAGAAAGAAGGUCAUUGCAUUGGUAUGAUUCAAUUUAUGUUAUGUAGUUUAAUACUGCUAGAAAACAAAUCUACCAAGUGAAAGGUUUUUGCUGGGAAAUUAUUAUCAUUAUAUAUUUUUUAACAGUGUCCUGUCUGGCAAUGUGGCAAUAAAAAUAAUUGUCUUGAUGCCAAAAAUAGGCCCAACAGAUUUAGCUUUCACAGGUGGAGCAGUAUGGCUAUUGCUAUAGUGUUCCGCUUGAUUCAUGCAUGUAAACAGCUUUAUUAUAAUUAUGCAGGGAGCAUUGCAGAUCAUAUGGACACUGCAAUGUAAGUAGAACAGAAAAGGGAAAACAGGAAAAAGGAGAAAAGAUGAAAGAAAGAGGAGAUAAAAGGGAGACAACGAUAAAACGUCUUCUGUGUGCUUCAUCACCUGCAAAGAGAGAUGUAAAAAGAACAGCACAACCAACGGAUAUAGUAUAAGAGAUACAAAAAAGUGGUACCUUGAUAUUAUUGCUGAUG